AUGGGGUAUUUUAAUAAAGGAAAACAAACAGAUAAUAAUCAGUCUUAUGCAAGUAUUCAAUCCAAAUCUACAUCUCUCUCAUCAUCAAAUGCAUUGAUUUCACUUGGACCGUACGCAUAUAUAGUGCGUCAACCAGGAGUAAAGGAGAUCACAGAAAAGUUUGGAUAUUCUCCUCUUGGUGUAAACAGAAAGCAAGAAGAGCAAGAAGAAGAAAAAGAGUAUCUGCAGAGUGGGAUACCCUGUGAAUCCAAUAAUAAAAAGCAGAUACAUACAGAAAAAGAGAAUGAAAAAGAACUAUUUUGGAUAUCCCCAAUUGCACCUUUACGAUACGAACAUAGUAUAAAGGGGCAAAAUACAUCCAUGGCAUCUGACCCGUUGGCAUUUUCACCGCAACCAAAUCUUCCACCAGAUAACUCUUACUUAGAUGAUAACACACACAAUGAUAGACCUCGUGAAUGGAAUGUUCGGCGGGAGUACAGUACAAAAUCAUCACCGCAAGCUUCCACAAAACUUCUUGCAGAGUUGCUUCGUCGAAUGCAAAGACAUUUAACUCCGGAGCAUAAAUCUUCUCCUCUUUCUCAACCCCAUGACAGUUCUACUAGGAAAAGUAAAUUGGGUAAUCACCCAAAUAAGCGAGAAGAAGAAGAAAAACAGCAGCGUAACUGUUAUCCUUCAAAAACUCUUUCCAGUUCGAAUUCUCAUGUAAAGACUGAUACUCAACACAUCAUCACCCCCACUCAUCAUGUUGAAGAACCUCGUCAUAAUGAGGCUUUAGAAUCUAUCGCAAUAAAUCCACAAUAUACAGAGAAACUAUUUCAAGAUACUGAAGGUUUACCGUCAAGUAAGAGUCCUCCUCGCACUAAUCGCAGCAGUCUCGAUACACUGGAGUGGGGGGAUCAACUAUGGCGUGAUAUAAAAGAAGAUGAUGAACGUAUGUGUCGUUGGCUUGCAGAACGAGGUCUAUGCCCAAACGGGGAUGUCCUCGCAUUGCGGGUUCUCGCAGACUAUCUAAAGAAAAAAGUAAGUCGUGUUGAAGACGAGUAUAACCAACUUUUUUGGUCUUCUCGUCAAAAUAUUCCUCCAUUGCAGCAUGAGGACUUCCAAGAAAUCUCUUUGGGAAUUUUGGGAGGGAAAAAAAUAUCCCUUCAGAAACAAAAACAGAUAGUACACCCUUAUGGGAAUAACGCUGAAACGAAAUCAGAAUAUUUAGAAAAUCGUACACAUUUUUCCGAUACAUCACGAAAUAAACCACCGGGUAUUCUUCAGACUUUUUCUAAGAAUAAUUCUAAAAAAAGGAAUAAUACUCCUAUUGUCUCUAAAACUACCGCUACUACAGUUCCUGAUGAUAAUAAUGAUAAUGAUGAUGAUGAUUCUCACAAGAAGAAAAGAAGUGUUAGUAGUAGCAGUGUGUUACCAUUACCAAUAUCACGAAAGAGUUAUGGGCACUCUUCUAAAAAGGCACAGAAGUGUCGAUUUGUGGGUGAUGUCUCUUCAUUCUACACAGGAAAAUCGUUAACAGAGGAAAUAGAUAAGAAAAAAGCAUCUAGUGGGAGUAUCAAAAAAGAUGAUGAUGAAAUUUCCCCAUCUGUAUCGACAACUUCUUCUUCUUCUGGGAAAGAGAAGAUAAUGCAUCGUGACCAUGAUCAUCAUCAUUAUAACCGACACGAAGAGAAAUACAGUGUGAAACAAUCAUGGUCUCAAGAAAAAGAAGUUGAAACUAAAAAAAUGGAUCCUCCUAAAUUCUGGAGAGAAGGAAUGAGUGCCUCUAAACCUUCCAAAAUUCCACAACUUCCGGAGGAUCCAUUACCACCUUUAGGUGCACUUAUACAUCCCCUAACUCUACCAAAUAUUACAGACGUUCAUGAUCUCUCUGCAAUAGUGCGUUUGCGUAAUUACUGUAAUCAACUAAAGAAGGAACGAGAUCGUUUACUUCAUAAGAAAUGCACACAAAGGAAAGAAAAGACUGACGGCGUUGACACAGUGUCAACUACAACAAAAAGAACAACCUCACAACACUGUCACUUAUCACAGAAUCAUCAUGAUCGAAGCAUUUCUGUUCAGUGUAGUCUAUCUUCCAUUUCCUCUCCCUCAUCAGAUGGCCGUGAUGUGCCUUUAUCUACACAUUAUGAUGAUAGACAUCAUCACAACUAUCAGGAGUCUAAGCAAAAAGAUGAGGAGACGAUGACAAUGGCAUAUACAAAAAAAAGAAGAUCAAAUAAGAGUGUAGACACUACCACACUCACAGCAACGCCGCCGAAGCAUUCCGUUUCCUGUCAAACAGAUGGAUACAUUGAAAAUAAUUCCCCUAUUGUGUUUUCUCCAUUUCAUUCAUUAAAAUCAUCACGUUCUGUUAGCAACAUUCCACAUGAGCCACGCACUGGGGUGCCUUAUGGGGCUCUGAAAGAAGUGGGACGCUCACGUUCACAAACCGCCGCUUACUUGAUGAGUCCUACUCAACCUUUACAUCAGAGUGAAGUGGUGAGUAGUCAUUCAUCAGCAAACGUUAUUCAUAAUAGUCCAUUGAAAGCCCCACCGCGACAAGAGUAUUUAAAUAAGAUGAAUAUGUCUUAUGUUUGGAGUGUUGGAUCGACCACUUCGCAUCCUUUUCCAUCCGAUAGAGUUUCUGCACAAGAUUAUAGAGGUGCCACGAAAGUAUUACACCAUUCUAAUUGCAAAGUGGAUCCUGUAGAAGAAAUAGAGGAAUUUACCACACCUGAUAAAGGUAUUUCGUUAACUGCUGCUCCUGAGUCGUUGUUAAAUGAAUUUCCAAAGGAACAAGAAGGGCAAAAUUUGCAUUUGGGUGUGAAAGAAAGAUCUCCUGUGAGUCAGAUGAAAAGUAACGAAACGUCGUUAUUACAGGGUAGUCGUACUCCGUCCAGAAUGCAGAGAAGCACUACAAGAAGUAUACGAAGUGGGGCUGUGGUCUAUAGUAGUAGUAGUAGUGAAUACAGUAGUGACAGUAGUAAUACUGUUAAUGUUAGACAUGGUUUAGAUAAUAAAAGAAGACUAUCACCAGAAAAACCACAGCAACAACGUUUCACUGCAGAAAAAAAAGAAUUCCCUUUUACUACUACCACUGUUACUAAUACACCAACUGUGAAAAUGUCAACACAUAACCCCAACUCUUCCUUGUCUAAUAACAACAUGUAUGAAAUGAACCGUAGUAGAAGUGAUGGUGGUGGAAGCCGUUAUGUGGGGAGCAUAAACAAUAGCAACAUCUCAACAAAAAGAGGAAUGUCAUCGCAACAACAAAAUAGAUCCAAUAGUAUUACGGAGAAAAGUGUUCAUGGCUUUUUUGUACGUGUGAUUCCUGUGAAUGGUGAAUUUAACAAUAGUAAAGAGAAAGUAUCCCCUCAAGAAAAAGUGAUUGUAUCGCGGUCUCGUCGAUUUGGACUGACAAAGUAA